AUGGCUGCUUCUGCAAAACUAAUAGAAAACACCUUAGUUAGUGAAAACCAAGAAGUGCGGGUAUUGGAUCUUACUGAAAGGAGCGCCCAAAGGCGUCUUGAUGGGGUUGAGGCCAAAAGAAAACUUCUGUCGUUCGAUCCAGAAAUUGAUAGAACUUUCUUGAGGAGAAGAAACUUGCAAAAACUCCAAGAAGAACAAGAAACUUCAGAAAUGGCUGACAAGCUUUUGAAUGACUACGCAGCACCUUAUGCACGAGGGCUUCGGUCGAGCAUCACCCGCCCACCAAUUAAAGCAAACAAUUUUGAAAUCAAGCCUGCAGUGAUCCACAUGGUUCAGCAAAAUCAAUUUAGAGGAGGACCGCAUGAUGAUCCUAAUCAUCACUUGGAGCUUUUCUAUGAGAUUUGUAGUAUUAUGAAAGUGAACGAGGUCCCUCCAGAAACAGUAAGGUUACUUCUUUUUAGAUUUUUCCUGAAAGAUAGAGCUAAGCAGUGGCUUAAUUCUUUACCAGCAAACAACAUUACAUCUUGGGGGCAAUGUGAGCAAAAAAUUUUGGACAAAUUUUACCCGCCAAGUAAAACUGCACACAUGAAGAAUUUAAUUGCAAGCUUCAAACAGGCAGACUCAGAAUCGUUAUUCGAAGCAUGGGACAAAUUCAAGAGUAUGCUAAGACAGUGCCCCCAUCAUGGCCUCGAGAAGUGGUUAGUGCUACACACAUUCUACAAUGGAAUCAAUUAUCACACGAAGCUGUCCCUUGAUUCUGCAGCAAGAGGGGUGUUGAUGAACAAGAGUCUUGAUGAAGCUGAAGACAUAAUAGAGAAUGUGGCCCAGAACCAUCAUCAAUGGGCAACCGAAAGAUCUGGAGGUUCUUUUUUUGAGAAUCCAAUAAAAGCAUCAGGAAAAUUUGACGUAGAUGCAGUCAUGCUCAUGCCCGCAAGGCUGGAUGCUCUGACCAAGAAGCUUGAGACCAUGGGGAAUAACACAACCAAUGCAAUAGUGUUCGAUUAUAACCAAAGGCAAAACAAUCCCUACUCCAACACAUACAACCCUGGGUGGAGGAACCACCCAAAUUUUUCUUGCUGGGGAAAUCAAGAUCAAGAACCAGCAAAGCCAAGCUACCAACCUAGGCAACAAAACCACCAAUCUGGACUACUGACUUAUCAACAACAACAACCUUCACAACUGUCCAGAAUUGAAAAGAUGAUUGAAGAAGCUCUCUUGGAUCAAAAAGUGAUGAAGAAUAAAAUCAAGCAAUUGAAUCAAAGAAUGGAGAAUUCUGAAAAGCAUCAAAAGAUGCAAGAUAGUCAAAUCGCUCAAAUAGCCCAGUCCUUUUCAAGAGCACCGGGAGCAUUUCCGAGAAAGCCCGACAUAAACUCAGUGGAACAUUGUAACCGCAUUAAGCUGAGGAGCAGAUGGACUUUAGGAGAUCCCCAAAUGGGUGCUCAGAAAGGAAUUGAUUCAGAAGAAGAGUUCUCUCCUCUCAUGCCUAAUUUAGUCCAGAACAAGGAUAGGGAAGAGAUUACCAAGAAGGUUGAAGGGACUCUUCCACUUUCUCCACAAAGUCAGACGAUUCCUUUCCCUCAAAAGCUAAUAACAUCCCAAAAAGAUAAAGAGUUCCACCGAUUCCUUAAGAAGAUUAAAGAAAUCAACAUUGAAGUACAUCUAAUAGACGCACUGCACCAAAUGCCGAAGUUCGCCAAAUUUUUAAAAGGUAUUCUUUCUAACAGAAGACAGAAGGGCGACUUCGAGACUGUAGCAUUGAUGGAGAAGUGCAGUGCUCUUCUCACGGCAGAAACUCCCCCGAAGCUCUAG